UAAAUUUGCUCCUUUUAGAUAUUAAGCUGCAUCAGAUUAACCAUAGAAAAGGAAGCGAAGAAGGGUUUCUGCAAGCUCUUCCUGUCUUUGAUUUCUAAUUAAAUUUCCACAUUGAACAAUCACAACGAACAAGUAUAUCAAUCAUUAUUGUUGCUAAUUUAGAAAAAAAAUAAUUUUUUUUUUAGGAGACGUUGAUAGAUACGUAAGGCCAAAGUUCCUCAAUUUUUCUAUUUGCAAGAUGAAGACGACGAAAGGAGGCAAAGUUAUGAACCCCACUGACGCCUAUCGUAAGGAGCUUCGCAAGAAAGAAUUAAAACGGAAUAAAAAAGAAAGAAAGAAGGUGAGGGAGGUGGGCAUCUUGAAGAAGGAUCCUGAGGCGCUUAGGGAGCAAAUAGAGAAGUUGGAAAUGAUGAAGGCUGAUGGUGCUUUGGAUAAAGCAAGAAAACACAAGAAGCGUCAACUUGAGGAUACACUUAACCUUGUUUUGAAAAAGAGAAAGGAGUAUGAAGAGAAGAUGAAGGAGAAGGGUGAGACACCAGUCAUGUUCAGUCAUUUGGGGCCACCUCAGAGGAGAACAUCUGCAGAAGAAGAAGAAAGAGUCAAGCACCCUAAACCUGAAGACUCCGUCUACUAUCAUCCUACACUGAAUCCUACUGGGGCCCCACCACCGGGAAAGCCUCCUAUGUAUAAGUCAUCCAUAGGGCCUCGGAUUCCCUUAUCUGCUGCUGCUUCAUCAAGCACUGCCGCAUCGUCCUCAAAUACAGAGUCGGAUGAUGGUACCUUAGCAGUGCUUCCCCCGCCACCUCCCCCACCUCCGCCUUUGCCAGAGAGCACUAACGUGGCCUCUGGUGAUAACUCUGUUAUACCUGCUUCUUUGCCUCUACCUCCACCUCCUCCCAUGCCACCAAAGCCUCCUGCACCAGGGUUGGGCAUGUCACUGCCUCCGCCUCCACCUCCACCUCCACCAGGCCCCCCACCAAAAGAUCAAGUUUCAAGUCACACCUUCCUACCACCGCCUUCUCCCCUCCAACAGUCUGCUCAGCCACCUCCACCUGGCACUAAUGAAAUUGAAAGGGAAAGAAAUUUAUCUACCUUGUCAGAUGAACCAUCAUCCAAAGAAACAAUUCAUGUGCCUACCGUACUCCCCCCACCACCUCCUCCUCCUAGUAUGCUGCUGAAGUCAGCCAUCAAUCAGUCUGAAGGCACCUCAUCUGAAGCUGAUGGUGAUAAUCCAACAGCAACUAAGGAUAACCUUAAAAUGGUUCCCCCACCACCUCCUCCACGGCAACCACCUCCUGUGGCUGGGCCAACUGUGAUUCCCACAUUACAGCCUGAUGUAUUGCCCCCAGGAAUAUCACAUUUGCCUGGACCCCCACCUCCACCAGGUAUGCGGGCACCAGGGGCUGCUACCGGACUUCCUGGCCAAGUGGCUCCUCCAGGAGUGAUGGUUCCACUAAUGCCAAGACCACCAUAUGGUCCUCCCCCUGGACCUCCUCCAAUGAUGAGACCACCACUUCCACCUGGUCCUCCUCCUACCUUACAAGAAGAUCCUGCAAUAAGGCCACCCAUUCCUCAGAAGCCAUCUUAUGUCAAAUCUGCUGCAUCUACUGUAGUUAAGAGGCCAUUAGCACAGCACACUCCAGAACUUACAGCUAUGGUUCCUGCUUCAGUUCGCGUAAGAAGAGAGACUGCUGUUCCAAAAUCCAAACCCAAGCCAACAGUGUCAACUGCAUCAGCAGCAGUCAUCAGACCGGCUGCUCCUACCAUCAUGAAGCCAGAGUCCACUAAAUUGCCACCAGCUCCAAAGACUCAGAGUAUUGAUGACUCAUAUAUGGCGUUUUUGGAGGACAUGAAAGCACUUGGUGCACUUGAUACUUGAUCUCAGCAUUGCAGGCUAGAGGACAGAGAAAAAGGAACCGAGGCCUUGUAGCGUGCAGGUUAAUUUGCUGGUACAGUAGCUUGAGCAGAAAAAUUUGUUGUUGCCAGUGCCCUUGGUUCGACCUCUUUCGGUUGAGUUUAGGAACCUACAUUGUAUCAUUGGUCCAUUUUUCCCUUGGUAGAGCACCUCCAUAUAUAAGGUGGGGGUAAUUGGGGGCAAUUUUUCUAAGUGGACGGUAGAUAUAUUAACUGGAACAAGGGGCGUAACUGUACUUCAUUGAAAUUCAAUAUUUGGUUGCCUUUCUCUUUUUAUUUUUUCACGACUUCCAACUUAAUUUAUGGGUACUCUCUGAUUUGUAGCUUGUCUGGGUUGUAUAUGUUGCCCUGUUCAGAGACAAACUUGUAACCGUUCAAUCUUCUCAUUUUAUUUUUGGGGUUAAUUAUAAAAAGAUUCUCUGAAAUUUGUUUAAAA